ACGGUAACCUGCAGGCGGACUCUCAUGUCCUGCAGUAUCCGAGGAGCACACUCUCAGCUCGGCGUCGUUGCUCUCAUCUCCUGCUACCUUUCCUGUUUCCCCGCAGCUCCGGGUCGGUCAGUCGGUCGGACUUGGCCGGAGAAGCAGCGCCAUGGCUCGGGAGAACGGAGACACCGGUAGAGGAGAGACGUGGAAGAAACAGGAGGACGACAUCAAGAAGAUUUUUGAUUUUAAAGAAGUCCUCGGCACAGGAGCAUUUUCUGAGGUGGUCCUGGCCCAGGAGAGGCUGACGAGCCGGAUGUUUGCGGUGAAGUGCAUCCCUAAGAAGGCGCUGAAGGGGAAGGAGAGCAGUAUCGAGAACGAGAUCGCCGUGCUGAGGAAGAUCAAGCAUGAGAACAUCGUGGCCCUGGAGGACAUCUAUGAGAGUCCUGACCACCUCUACCUGAUCAUGCAGCUGGUGUCUGGUGGCGAGCUGUUUGACCGAAUUGUGGAAAAAGGUUUUUACACGGAGAAAGAUGCGAGCACACUGAUCCGACAAGUCCUGGACGCUGUGAACUACCUGCACAAGAUGGGCAUCGUGCACCGUGACCUGAAGCCAGAGAACUUGCUGUAUUUUAAUCCUCAAGACGAGUCAAAGAUCAUGAUCAGCGACUUUGGUCUUUCCAAGAUGGAGGGCAGUGGGGAUGUCAUGUCCACAGCAUGCGGCACGCCAGGAUAUGUGGCUCCAGAAGUUCUCGCCCAGAAGCCGUACAGUAAGGCUGUGGACUGCUGGUCCAUCGGAGUGAUCGCCUACAUCCUGCUGUGUGGUUACCCUCCAUUCUACGAUGAGAACGACUCCAAGCUUUUUGAACAGAUCCUGAAAGCCGACUACGAGUUUGACACUCCGUAUUGGGACGACAUAUCAGACUCAGCCAAGGAUUUCAUCGGCAGUCUGAUGGAAAAGGAUCCAGAAAAGCGUUUCACCUGUGAUCAGGCGCUCAGACACCCCUGGAUUUCCGGGGAUACAGCACUCUGCAAGAACAUCCAUGAGUCAGUGAGCCGGCAGAUCAAAAAGAACUUCGCCAAGAGCAAAUGGAGGCAAGCGUUCAAUGCCACCGCCGUGGUUCGGCACAUGAGGCGGUUGCAGCUUGGCAGCAGCAUGGGGAGCAGCAUGGACGCCUCCAACCUGCCGACCAGGCCGAGCCAGACGGGCCAGAGCCAAAACACGGGCCAGGCGACGCAGAGCCAGGGCGCUAACACAGCCGAUAACACAGAAAACAACGUAGCAGUUCCCCACAAAGAAAAUGCUGCUGCCCCGGUCACUCCCUGCAGUCUGGCGUCUGCAGCCUCCUCUCCCGCUGCCGGGGCCGAUCUGACCCGGCAACACCCCACGGUGGUCACCCCCCCGAUGCUCACAGAGACCAAGUGACGCCAGGUCCCGCGGAGAACUAGCUGGGAGGCCACAGCACUGUGAGGUAGAGAGACAGAAAGAGACGGAGGAAGACUUUGUUUCUCCCUCUCCUCACUGCUUUUCCCCCAGCAAGUUCCCCGCCCUGCUCCCAGGAGAGCAGAGGACUUUACCUCCACCCCGCUGAUACUGUACGCCCACUGCUUCCCCACCAGGACGCCAUGUUGGAUUCUUCCAGCCACAGCGACACAUGGCGACAGACAUUAGGAGGAUGUUUGGAAGCCCAGCUUGAAUUGGUUGCUGGUAAAUUAUUUGGGGCGUCGCUGGCACAAGCUUGAGCCGUGAUUGGUGGUUGACGGUGGGGCCGUGUUAUCAUAUUAUUCAAUUUCAACUUCAACUUCCUUUUUUAAUCUGGUCUUUCCUGCACCACUUUAUUUAGCCUUUUUCCAAAUAAGGUAUGAGUGUUGACAACUGGAUUGUUUUAUUUCAUAUUAAUGUAAAUGUCAAAGGUGGUAUAUGUAACUUUUCAAAAAGCAAGCACAUUAUUGUCAAAUUGAUCUUGCCACUUUGAUCGAAUUUAGAUUAAUCAACACUACAAUUGGCAGCCAAAUGUGACCUGGUGACUGUGUGUAAUUCAGAGGCUUAAAUAACUUUACAAAUGUUGCAGCUAAUGGGACAACGAUUCAUUCAUGUUUAAAAGCUACAUAUAUCAUCUUUAAGGUGUUUUAUAUGUUCUUAUGGGCUUUUUUGUGUUUGUUUGUGCUUUAAGAAGUGCUAUAAACGUACCAUACGACUGUUGAGAUGUGGAACCAUGAGUAAGCGCUACAAAGGGUCAGGUGAGCCUCUUGUGUUUAUCACAGAGGAUGUCAGAGCAUUGUGUGACUUAUUUAUUGUCCAAAAGAUACUGAUCUGUCUAUUAUUUUCUUUCUUCAUAAGACUUUUAUAACAAUCACCUUUUAAGGGACACACAUACAGGUUAUAUGAUGAGCAUGCAGCAGGUUUAGUAUAGGGUCGUUUUUGUUUCUGCCUCCAGUUGAGAAUGUAAGGAACUACAAGUUAGCUUGGCCUUCGUAUUCCUAUACAAGCAGCGCAGUGCAGUUUGAAGAUGGCCACAAAACACGUGAUAUUUCACUUACUAUGUCCCACAAGGGUCUUCAGAGUAUUUGACCUGUGUGAUGAAAAUCCAAGAUGGAGAAGCUGUUGCCUGCUGGUCCUGCGCCUUCUAGAGAAGCCAUGAUAUCACCCUUUAGCAUCGUCAAGCUGCACCCAGUUCAGAAGUGCUCAGGGAAAGCUGCGGCUGCACUGUGAGCUGGUGGAAAUAUAUUUCCUGUUAUUUGGUCCAGGUACCGAGCCAUCACAGAUAUGAUCUGGGGCUUACGUUGUUAGAUGUGUCCUUAUUGCAGUUUUGUAAUGACUCGUCAUUUAAAUACUUGAUUCCAGCUUCACUUUUAGCAUUUGCUCUUCGCUCAUCACGAGGUUGGGCGCAGAGUUGUACGGUGAAACAGCUAGUUAAGUUCUGUUUCUAUGGUUACUUCAUCUGCUAGCUUGCGCCGCUUAGCACGGCACGUCAAAAGGUCAGCGGUAAUCAAGGUCAAAGUGGAAGUCAUUUGAACUUUCAGCACUGCAACAUUAUCGAGCCAUGAGCGUCACCUUAGUUGGGCGGUAAAGCUCACUCCAUUGAAACACAACGGCAACGCCAGCCCAUAGCCUUUUUACCGUUUGUCAUGUGAAGGCAGCUUUAAACUUGGGCCUAGACGUUUUGAACCCCCAGACUCAAAGGUGUCUUGAUCAGCAGCAUUUUUGGUCCAUUUUGUUUUGUUAAUAACAUCCUGAACCCUGGAACAGCGCACCAAAGCUCUUAGACAUAAUUGGACAGAACUACCAAAACAACAGUGAGGAUUAGUUGGUUGUUGCUUGAUCCAAGAGCAGUUGUUGGGAAUCCUGGUUAGCGUAGCAUGGUUCUCCAACUUAAAUGAGAUGGUCCAAAAAUGGCUAGUAGUUGCUGUUCAAUGGAUCAUUAGGUUUGAGAUGACAGACUGACUUUAUUUUGAGCUGUUUUUGAUGGAGCCUUCUCAUGAUUCCACAAGCUUUCACAGUCUAUCGUUACUGGUGGAAAUGUCAGUUAAGACAGAACUGUACAAUGUUGAAUGCUCACACAUAUCAGAUUGUCAUGAUGCAAUUCUUCUGAUCCCUUUAUUGUGAAAUGUAGCCAAAGACCAGUGCUAGAAACAAAGACAUUUGGUUUGUUCUACUGGGUGAAUUGGCGAAUACAGAACUAGUCAGAUAUGAAGCUGUUCGAGACACAAGUCGACUAAAACUAAGGGCUGAACUCCAGCUGCAAAUUAAUCUGGAGAAAACAUGUAUUCACUUUGUUCCUUACCUAAUCUGUAGCCAUUUACCUUUUUUUAAAUUAUUUACACCGAGUGCUGCAAAGUGCUUAUGGCAAAAAGACAGUAAAUCCCUUUUGGCUGGUUGAGUCGUUGUGUGUGAUAAGUUCCACUGAAGUUGACCAGAACAAACUAUGACAAGACAUGUGUGAAUGCUAUCCAAUCUAUGUUUUCUUCAGCACCUCAUACCUUGUGAAUAUUGCACUGGCAUUGAUGCAAAGACACAUAAUGGCAGUUUUCCUAGCAACUAAUCCAGUCAAAAUAUAGGUUUAGUUCAUUAAUGUUCGUAGGGUUAGUUGUGAACUGAAGGCCUGUUAGGCUGAUUUAUUUUGUUAUUUAUUAAGUGCAGUCAUAGAGAAAGUUAACGUUGCACAUGGACACAGUUCACCUUUCAGAAACAUAUUUUUAAUGUGAAAGUUUUGAGCAGGGUCCAACUCUAAAGAGAGUCCAUGGAGGUAUAUUGUUUUACUUAGGGGAACUUAAAACCAUGUAAGGGCUUUACUUAUUAUGAUCACCUAAUCGGAUAAUUCACUGUAACCAUAUAUACAAACCACUUGAUUGCUAUGCAUUCUUUUUUACAGUGUGUCGCCAAAAUAUUUUAGGGGGAAUUAGGAAACUUCAGCACCUAUAGUUCAAAAAUAUAAGGAUAAAACAUUUACAUUUUAGGGGGAUAAAAAAGUGCAUUAUUGAUUUUGAAUGAAAUCCAUUUUAAAUUGUCGUACAUGUUUUUUAUGUGGCAAAAAAUAUAUUAUUGAAUGGUCAACAAACACUGUAAGAAUAUGCUCUAAAAUUGGAAAUGGAAAUGAGGUUUACCAACAGGACGAGGGUUCAGUAUUAGGCUGCUCUAGGUCUUUAUGUCUGCUGUUUAAAGAUUCAUGAAUGAAUCUUAACAUCUCUCCUGUAAAUAGAUUGUGAAUAUGAAUAAUAAUUUUCAACAUAAAAUGUACCGAUGUUUUGCUGUUCAAGCAUGUGAGAGGGAGUAAGUGUGUCGAGGAAAGUUGAUUGUAUUCUCUAUAGAAUGUUUAAUGUUAAAAUAAGGUCGGUCUGCUGUCAUGUAUACUGUCCCACACGAGACUGAGAGCUACACAUUGCCGUGUAACGCCAUCACUGUUGCAGUGUCACGUCAAUCACCAAGUGAACUCAGGCUGUCAUUUCUGCCAUUAUAACGGAAGAAAUCCAAAGCUGUGACCGAAUCAGACACACACUGUUAAGGAGGAGCGGCGCUCGUCCACCCUUUCGCCUUUUUUUUUAACCAAGAUGCUAUCACAAAAGAUAAAAAAACACAUGCAUGUUGAUAGAAGUGCUUCAAAGAUUCAACUUCACCAUGAGUGUUUGCAUAAUCUUAUAUGCCCUUGUACGAUGUUAGUAUCUGUAUUAUGUAAAGACUUACACAGGUUGAGAUAUCCCAGUUUACCUAGUAGCAGAGUUUCACCUCCACAAACAGUUUCCAUAGGUGGAAAUAUUUGGGCUAACUAGCACUUAUCAAGAGAACAAAAACGUCUGCUUAUAAGAGGGAAUUCCAGCUGAUUUCCUGCAUACAUGAAUGAACACAGUCUCACGGCAUUUCGUGUUGUAGUCACGAAAUUAAUCUAUUGAUUCGUGUUCACCAACAUGGUUUUCCCAUUUUUUUCGUGUCACACAGAACGAUUUUAAAAGCAAUGUAAAUAAUAA